UGCCUCGUACUUCCGUCGCGAACGCAUCCCUCGUGCAAUCAUCGUCUCUGCGUCCUUCUCUGUCCCUUACUUUGAUCCCGUUUCACUAUCUCUCUCUCUCUCUCUAUCUGUCUCUCACACACAAGCGCGCGCCUUUCUGACGCUCUCUCUCUCUCUCUCUCUCUCUGUCGCCCUACUCUUCCCUUUUUCUCUCCUACCUCCACCUCCACGAUAUUCCCACCCCAUUUGUUCGUUUACUGUCUUGCCUUCCGCGGCCGCUCCUUUCGUUGCGACUGCAACUUUUCUCCCCUUUUGCCUAUAGAUAAAAACCUGCUGCACGCAUACGCAUACGUAUACGUGCCGUAGUUUUCUUUUAUCAGUUUAUUCAGUUUGCAAUAAUCGUUCGUUUAUCCUUUCUCGCGCAUUUACACACGUACGCGGGCACACAGACGUGUGAUCGGUCUUUUCCAGAUUCGCCGCCGCGUGUAUCUCGCGCACGUCGCGCGUUGUCCGUCCAUAGGUUCGCGAAGGGCUCGAGAGAGACUCCGAACAUAACGGACAGGACACGGGGAACGUGCGAUCGGUGAACAAAAAUAUUGGUCUCGUUGCAGCCUUGCGUUGGACGCGUGCGAUGCGUAGAUUUAGUUAAACGCCACCAUCGCCACUGUGCAGGACCCUUCCGUCGUCACCGUCCCCACCGUCGUUGCCUUCCCCGCCGGCAUUGCCCAUCUUUCCCAUUGCCAUCGCCGCCGCCGCCGCCGCCGCCGCGGAUUCUCCGUGCAUGCGUGCCGAGAGCUUACGCGUCGUGUGUGCGUGCUCGAGGAUACGUCUGCGUGUAUGUGUGUGCGUGACCGAUAAUCGGGCCGGAGUGGUACUCUGCUGCUGCUGGUACAUACUACAUACAGUUUUCUCGUGUACACUCGAGAUACGUGCACGAUAGAAGAAUUUCGCGGAUAGUCGUCUCGUCUAGCCUCUGUUCGUUCGUCGCCUGAUAGACGAGGCCAUCUGGAUGCCAGUGAUAUCCGAAUUAUGUGCAAAGCCAUCGUUCGCGAGCGAGGAAACGAAUCGGCGUUCGUGCGCUCUUUCCAGGUUCACACCCUGCUCGCGGCGCGAGUAACGAAUAACCGUGAGAAUACCUUACGCGAUGAACGAAAGAAAUCGAGAAUUUACUGCUGUGUACCGCCGGGAUGUUUGUAAGGGACCGAUCUGUUUUACGCGAGUGGCCAACCGUUAUACGUAAACCACGCCGAGCAAGGUAAAAUGUGAUGGGAGAAAUUGUUGUUUCAUUGUUAUCUCAUUUCGAUUUCGAUCUGGAUCUCGACGAUGACCCAACGCGAGUCCAAAUUCGUUUCGUGCCGCGCGUUCCUAUCGUCUGCAUGAUCUAUCAAUAUUUUACAACGGAUUGUGUUCUAGGAUCGUCGCCGCCGUCGUCGUCGUCGUCAUUCUCGUCCUCGUCCUCGUCCUCGUCCUCGUCGUCGUCGUCGUCGUCGUCUAUAUUCAAACUUGGUUACAUUCGCAUCGCGGAACGAUGUCUGAUCGAUGGGCGUGAUUUUCAUUAGAUCAUUUUUGCAACGAGUUCGUCGAGGCAAAGAGUUUUGGACUCGUUCGUGUCCGAACCUCUUCAGAUGUUUUCGUUUUCAUCGUCAUUCACUACACGGCAAUAGUACGGUUCGAGACACCACGCACCGGCUGCACCGGAGGAGUAUCGUACACGUUACGCGUCGGGCGUCUGUGAGAAACGCUACUUGGAAUCGUCGCCGGAGAAUGCGACUCCACAGGCUGAAUUCGAUCGCUGAAGAACAGAGAAGGGAAAUCGAGUUGAUCGAGGGGUGCGACGCCUGAAAUGUUCAUGUCCAUCCCGAUACCGAUGCCCACCGCCGCGGUGGUUGGACGGCCAGCAGCCGGUGGUGAUACGCUAUUGACGACGGCGCGGCUUGUGGCAUGCUAACGGAAGAGGUGGAUCCGCCGACGUAUCGUCCGAUCGUUGCUGCGACAACGAACGCGACGCACGAUGUCACGUCGUUGAGCAACUUGGAUUACACGCGCGAGCUGCAAUGACGCGCCGUCGAUGCGGCCGCUGAGAAGGGUAUGCAGUUGACGCACCCUUCGUUCGUCUCUCUACGCUUUGGCGGUAAACGUUCACCACGGUCCACAUCAGAGGCGAACCUGAAAUCGGUGCGUGCGUACGUGCGUACGUGCGUGCGUGCGCGCGUACGUCGCGUCGCGUGUCGCGUGUCGUUCUCGCCGCUGCUGCUGGUUCUGCAUGCGAGGAGAACAAUAAAUAGGUCGGAUUUGGAGAAAGGAUGUUCCAAACGACGAUGGGAAAAUGACGCGUCGACCGUUUUCGAGUGCGUGAAGCACGCGAACAAGAACUCGUACGCAUCACCGUCGUCAUCGUCGUCGUCGUCUUCGUCGACGUCGUCGUCGUCGUCGUCGGCGUCCUUGUCGUCGUUGUCGUAGCCGCUCCGCGGAGAGGAGACCCGAAAAAACGAAAUAGAGUGAAAGAGAGAGAAAGAAGGGGUGAAGGGAAGGAGAUAGAGGUUCUGGUGGUGAGUUUGAGAGAAAUCGAGGGCCGUGGACGAACAGAGACGAAGGCAACGGUUUAGCAACGACCAAAGGGAAAAAGAAGAAAAAGAUCGGCUAGUCAUGAAACGGAAAGACGGACGACCGAAGACGUUGAAGAAGAUGAUGAUGAUGAUGAUGAUGAUGAUGACGACGAUGUUAAGUUGUCGACGAGGGAUAGAAGAAGAAGGAGAAGAAGUGCGAAACGCAGACGGAAACCAAGAACCGAAAUCGCGAGGAAAGUGUCCGCCGCGUCGUCGGAACGUCGUGUGAUACGUUGAAUCGACGGACGACGGAUUUUUGAUAGACGACGAUAAGCUGGAUGAUAAAGAAGAAAAUUUAGUACGCACAUAGACUGCGUCGUAUACUGGGCGGUAUGAACGGGCGAUUGGCGAUGGACAAACUAGGAUAAGAGUCACGUUCGAUCGUCAGAGAGAAACCGAAAACAGAGUAAGAAGAAGAAGAAGAAGAAGAAGAAGAAGAAAACUGCCUGAGCGAUAACCCGGUUGCGGUCGUCGCGAAGAAGGUCCGCCGCCUCGCUUGUAAAACGUGCGUGGAGCGACGACGGCGCGACGCGCACGGUUGAACACGGUGACGGACGCGCGGACAAAAAGAGACAAGAGUCUUCGUUUCGGCGAUAGGCGCGAAAAGACGCUCGUCACGCACACCAGCACGACACAGACAUGAACGUGACUUCGGCCGUGCUGGACAUUUCCAAUGUUUUCGACGAAUUCUCCGAGAUUACCGGGGGCGGCGGCGGCGGCGGCGGCGGCGGCGGCGGCGAGAUCGAGAGUUCGAACGCGAGCAGCAACGGUCUCGACUGCGGUGGAGAGCCACACACCUACGGGAUAUGGGGACGCGUGAUCAUAGUGAUGAUCGCCGUUAUGCUCAGCGUGACCACGGUGGUCGGUAACAUAAUGGUGAUGAUCUCGUUCAAGAUUGACAAACAGCUGCAGACGAUCUCGAAUUACUUCUUGUUCAGUCUGGCGGUAGCCGAUUUCGCUAUCGGCUUGAUCUCGAUGCCACUCUUCACGUUGUACACCGUGCUCGGUUAUUGGCCUCUCGGUCCCCACAUUUGCGACACGUGGUUAGCUUUGGAUUACCUGGCCAGCAACGCGUCCGUCUUGAAUCUUCUGAUCAUCAGCUUCGACAGAUAUUUCUCCGUGACCAGGCCCCUCACCUAUCGGGUGAAGAGAACCACCUCCAAGGCCGCCAUAAUGAUCGCGUGCGCAUGGGGGAUAUCGCUGCUUCUAUGGCCACCGUGGAUCUACGCCUGGCCGUACAUCGAGGGUCAGAGAACGGUGCCCGUAAACGCCUGCUACAUUCAAUUCAUCGAAACGAAUCAUUACAUCACGUUCGGUACCGCGAUCGCCGCGUUCUACGUGCCCGUGUCGGUGAUGAUCAUUCUCUACUGGCGAAUAUGGAAGGAGACCAUGAAGAGGCAAAAGGAUCUUCCCUAUCUGCAGGCCGGUGGCGGCGGAACACAAGACGCCAGUAAACGGAGCAACUCUAGCGACGAAGCGUUGGACUUGGAGGACGGCAGGAGGCCAAGAAGCGAAUCGAGCACUGGAAUCGAGGAUGUGAACGCGACGCAUAUCGCGGUAUCUUAUCUAGAGAAACAUUAUCCUCAAUACAAAACGAAAUAUCGACCGUUUUCGUGGAUGUGGUUGAAGAUAUGGUGCAUCGCGUGGUGGCACAGCGGCCGCGAGGACGACGAAGACGAAGAAGACAUUGAGGGUGCGGAGAGCAGUCGGACCGGACACGGUUACGACGAAGCGAUAACGCCGUUGUCGGUGGAAACUCCUCUCACGGGUACGGUCUCGCGGUCCGCCUCGUUGAGCGGUAUUCAUUCGACGACGGUGACCGUCGAGAAGACGCCGACCGGUAUAGCCGUCGCCGACAAUCAUCACGCCACUGAGUAUAAAAAGUUUGGCAAAUCCGGGGAAUCGCUGAUAAAAAGCAUUCCCACCGAUUCCGUUUACACGAUUAUGAUUCGGCUUCCGCCACGAGACGCGAGCAGCACGGAGGGUCCCAGCAUAAAGAUGUAUCGCGACGAAUCGACGAGCCCGUCGACGAUCACCAGGCGACCGUCGCACAUGCCGGACAUUCGGAUUCCUCUCACGAACACGAAGAAUAUCCCGAAAGCGUUGACCAGUGGUGGUGGUGGUGGUGGUGGUGGUGGUGGUGGGAAGACGGUGCCCGUGAACAAGACGGUCGUGAACAAGAAGAAGAAGUUGCCAGAGAAGAAAGCGGAUCGCAAAGCGGCGAGAACGUUGUCGGCCAUACUGCUGGCGUUCAUAAUCACUUGGACGCCGUACAACAUUCUCGUACUGAUCAAAUCGAUCACGGCGUGUUCGUGGUACAUACCGCAGAUGCUAUGGGACUUUUUCUAUUACCUCUGUUAUCUGAACAGUACCGUGAACCCGAUGUGUUACGCUCUAUGUAACGCGGCGUUCCGACGAACCUACAUAAGGAUUCUCAAGUGUAAGUGGCACAACAGACACAGGGGUGCCACAGCCGACAGAGGAUGACAUCAGUAGAAACGCUUGCGGCUGGUGACAGUGGCAAGUGGUGAACAAGUGUAGAGCAACGUACGUACCAGCGGCGAGCGGCGAGCAGCGAGUACGAGUCGUUGCGUGAUCGCCUGCUGUGCCUCCACAGGCGCGAGGCGCGAGUGCCAACGGUGAGGAGGACGCAGAUGGACAGUCGCGCGAACGUAUCGUACGUGUCGUACGCAUUUGUUGCGUGCGCGAACGAACGCGCUUUUCUCUCUUAUUCUUUUUAAUCGUUCCUUCGCACGCGUAUCGAGCCGCCGCCGUCGCCGCCGAUGACCAGAACGACGAUGACGACCGUCGCACAUGCCGGAUUGAUUACCGAUUAUCCGGUAAAGGUCCGGCAAAAGCUUGAACGUUGCCGAGAAGACUCCUAAUUUCCUUCGCGUCUCGAUUCUGCCCGAUGCAGCAAGCUCCGGUCUCGUUCGCGAUGUACGCGAGUGCUCGCUCUACGGUACCACCGCCCGCCCCUCCAAAAUAUCGCUGACGACCACGAUGCGAUUUCGAACUCCGAGUAUGCGCUCAACUCGUUUGUUUCGAGUCCGAGUCUUGUUUCUGAGUCCGAUCGAUCAGGUGGGUGAAUCCAGAACUGAUCCAGGAAGAACGUUCGAAAACGCUCGCCCGCCAUCCAGUUUUCGGCGGCGGCGGCGGCGGGCAGUUCCGUAUUACGAGCAACGCGGCGACGACGCGUGAAUACUGCCAUGAAAAAUAAUCUUUAUAAAUAUACACAAUAUUUCUGAAACGUACAAAAGUGGAGAAAUACGAGAAGCUGGAGGUAAACGUACUACGUAUAAAUAAUACGCACGUAAACAAGAGCGCGCGCACGCGAAACAGUGUCAAAGUGCCAAAAGUUGGUUCUUGUCACGGCGACAUCGUCCGACGACGUACAACCACUCAUGUUAUGUACUUAAGAUUAGACACGGAUCAUCGUCGUCGGGUUUGUCGCGAAACGAAUUUUUUUCUACUACUGUUUACAAGAUAGGGUCAGUUUUCAUUUUCCGCUCUUCCCCGCUCCCCCCAGCUUUGCUCCAUACCCCUGUGCCUUCCCGUUUCACGUAAACGUUCACACCAGACGAUUGCUGCUAAUAGCCACAGCUACUCAUUGCGGGAAGGGCACGAACGAGCUAUCGGUAAUUACGUCGGCCAACUAUAAAUUUGCAAUGCGAAACGAAAAUCGCAAGGAAAGCUCGAUUCGCCGUCGCCGCGAGAGUUAGUUAUUAAAAAGCGUCGUGCUACGUUGUUUGACUGAUUUUUUACAGAGGACGACAACGCUGAGUUCACCGACAGACGCUCUCUCUCUCUCUCUCUCUCUCGCUCUCCCUCCACGCUAGUUCCGACUAUCUUUUCAAGUCGUCUUGUUUAUCCCGCGUUCCUGGAACUGAAAACUGACCGAUAUCUACGAACCUCCUACAAAGCUAUACCGCACAAAAAUACAAAAUCUAUUCGAAUCCUAAGUAUAAAAACGUUAACGCGAAGGCGAAUAAACACUUAGAGAAAUGAAGAAAAGACGGAGAGAUGACAUCUCUCGCGCGUGUUUUAUUCGAGAAUCGAACGUGCUCGAUGUAUGUAUCAUCUUCGAAAAAUAGUAGUCCAGUUGUAAAUGAGUGUUUUAAGUGUGUGUGUGUGUGUGUGUGUGUGUGUGUGUAAUUAGUAACUGAGAACCUGAAAACGAGCAAGACGGUGGAAAAAGCAGACAUGACAUAGAAAGAACGUGUAUGUUUGUGUGUGCGCGCGCGCCUCGGUCAUGACCGUAGCGUACGCGUGCACAACGAAUGGAAAGAAUAGGCCGCCGCCGCGAGGAUAGGAAAGUUGGAACGACGACGACGAAGAAAGGAGGGAAAAAAUGGGAAAGAAUGAGCAAGACGAAGAGCGCUAGAGACCGGUUCUUUCGCGUUAAGAAGAUCGCGUUCUAAUACUUUCGUAUUGAAGUAAACAUUCUAAUCACACGUGCCAAACGAAGCUUUAAGAAUAUCGAUAAUUUAGAAACGAUAUAUUAACAGUAAAUGUGUCAUUUCCAGCGUCGUGUAAUUGUAACAAAUAGAUGGAACGAGCAUUUAAUAAGGGUUUUUCUAUCAUCGUUUUUUUUUUACCAACGUUUAAUACGAAAUUUUUAUUAUUGCGUAUUUACGUACCAUACCACAGAGAAGUAAAUGUACGCGUUUACAUCGCGUUUUGUAUGGACCGCCGCGUACUUUUACUGCGCGCUUUCAGCGGAUAAGUGGCGGAUAAGAUGUUUGCCGCGCGCGUACUUAUACUUAUACCAUUUCUGGUAGUAAAAUACGUAGUAUACUACACGCGCUACGCAGAUAACACGAGUACUACGUCACACAUUCGACGCGAGAAGCGCGUUAAAUAGACAGGAUUUGGGCAUGGGCAUUUAUCGUUCGUUAUUUUAUCGGUUCGCGUGUAUUUAUUUGAACGCGUGCAGACAAUUACACCCAGUAUGCUACCCUGGAGUAGCUUCGGCAGGCUUCGUAACCGAUAUCGAUCGCAUUCGAUCAUCGUAAAACUGUUCGUAACGCGUCGACGACGUCGGUACGAUGACGUAGUUCCGACCGAUCGUUGCGAAUCGUUUUCGCUGCAAUCACGAUUAAUCGCACUCCUCGAGUGCACUAUAUCUUACGGUACGCACGCGCCCACGUGCCGCCGCGUACUACUUGCAAUUAAUAAAAAGGAAAUCCGAGAAAGAGAUCAAAGAUGAAAUAUACUGUUUACACGCUCGCUUCGGUCCAAGGAUUGAAAAUCAGAACCGGGCAGGAAACCGCCACCGCUGCCACCACCAUCACCACCAUCAUCAGUUGUCUGGACGCGGCACAUUAUUUGUAUAUGUACGUAGAUGAUAUUUUAUCAUUUUACACAUAUGUAUGUACACGUAUAUAAGAUUUGAUAAACGAGAAAAAGCUAACUCGCGCGUUUUACAUAUUUGUUUUCGAUUCUCGUAUCGAUUCGAGGAAAAUUCCACCGUACGUGAAACAUGACGUUAUUUAUAACUUUCACAAAACCGUCUUCACUCCUCUUCAGCAGCAAUAAUAUUUGGGAUUUGUUCGAUCGCUCGUUUGUUAGACAAAAUUAUCGUUUCUGGACGAAACUCCCGUACAUACACCACUCGUACAUACGCGUACACGCAACACGCGACGCAUAUAUGCGCUCGCGCGCCCACACACUACGGAACAAGUUUUACGACGUUAACGCAACAACAAUUCAGAUUAUCGAUGUAAUAAUAACGAUGUUGUAUGUUUGAAUAUAUUCGCUGUACGAAUCAA